UCACACCCUUUGCUUUUCCUUCUCUUUGUUUUCCUCUGGGAAAUCAUGAGCAGCCCUGGAGGCUUCCUCCCAGGAGAGCACAUGCAACUGUAUUUACAGCCCCAGCACCACAAGCUGGGCUCUUGGAGUCUGGUUGAAUUCAUCCUGUUGGGAAUUACAGACAGCCCUCGUGUGCAGACCCUUCUUUUUGUCUUGUUUCUGUUGAUUUACAUCGUGACUCUCGUGGGGAACUUUGGCAUUAUCAUCUUGGUGCGGGUGUCUCCCAGCCUCCACACCCCCAUGUACUUCUUCCUCACCCAUCUUGCCUUCACUGACAUCUGCUAUUCCACAGUCAUCUCCCCGAGGAUGCUGGCAGACCUGUUAGCAGAGGACAAAACCAUCUCUUUCUCUGGCUGCAUGAUGCAGUUCCUUGCCUUCGCUUUCUUUGCUACUAUCGAGUGUCACCUGCUGGCCAUGAUGGCCUAUGACCGGCACGUUGCCAUCUGCCAGCCCCUGCUUUAUGUGACCAUCAUUUCCAGCCGUGUCUGCUGGCAGCUGAUAGCAUCAUCCUACCUAUUCGCCUUCCUCAGUGCCAUCAUCUGCAUGUGGUGCGUCUUUGGAGGUUACUUCUGUGGUCCCAACCGCAUCGACCACUUUUUUUGUGAUGUAGUCCCUGUGCUCAAACUCGUGUGCUCUGACACCCACAUCAAUGAGAUGGUCAUCUUUGCCUUAUUCACCAUCAAUAUCGUGGGGGCAAGUGUGAUCAUUUUGCUCUCCUACAUCUCCAUCAUCCGCACCGUGCUGAAGACGUGCUCAGCACAGAGCAGGGCCAGAGCCUUCCACACCUGCGCAUCCCAUUUAAUGACUGUUUCCAUGUACUUUGGGACAACAUUCUUCAUGUACCUACAACCUCCAUCUAGUCACAGUAGCCUGGAUAAGGUAGCCUCCAUCUUUUACACUGUGGUCAACCCCAUGCUCAACCCACUCAUUUACAGCCUGAGGAACAACGAGGUGAAGGAGGCUCUGGUGAGGUGCGGGAGAAGGUUCUUAAACCGCUGGCAACAUUAA